AUGCAUUCUCUUUCCCUUCUCCUUACAUUUCCUGGACUCGUAUGUGCGAUCUCGGCAGAUUUUCUCAACACCGCUCUUCCUUCGCCUGAGCCCGUCGAUAUUGCACCGCCGCUUGAUACCGGCGGCCAUGCUGGGUUCCCCACCGGAAACGCUCUCGGGCUUCGUUGGCCCCGGCGACCAGAUCGAAGAUUCUUGAUUCCCUGGUGCUUCCAAGAGACGGUCUCUGAAAAUAAUAUUUAUAAAGCAAUCGAUAACGCAUGGGAGACUUGGGCACGCAAGCUUGGAAUGGCGCGAGCAGCGAACGGCCACAAUCUGCAUUUCGAGCGCUGGAAACCAGUUGGAGGGCCUAACUUCCCGUACUGCUACACCUCUCCGGGCGUAUGGGACACACGGAUACCUCCCGAAGCUGUGGUUGUGUAUUGGGUCGCGACUGAUCCCAUGGGUCGCGAAGGGUCCGCUACGACUGGCCACACAGCUAAUGGAGUUCCUGGCCGACAUAAUCUGAUGAUCUCGGGACACACGACAGACCACAACAGGGACUUCACUGCAGCACAUGAAUUGGGUCACGUUUUUGGCCUAAAUCACGAGCAUGAGCGCUAUGACCGAGAUCAGCACGUCCACUACAAUUACAGAAACGUCUUGGGAUUUGCCGAAGCAUGGGGAAGAUGUUUAGCCGAGAACCACGCUUGCACAGAAGACAUGCUCUGCGAUGAUCGUGUUCUCGCAAUACGACACGGUUUCGUCGGCUCCGAAUUCAUCACAUAUAAUCUGCCUCCAGACAUAGCCUCGCCAUACGAUCCUGAAUCUAUCAUGCAUUACGAUAGUUCUAGGGGUGCAAAUCCAGCCAUCGUGGAACAGGACCAUACAAAUCCCAUGUUGUACCCGAUGUUCAGGGUGAAUCCACAGACGCACCAGGCCGACUUCUUGCGUGUCCAAGGUGGCCUCCCGUACCCACAGUUUGAAAUAUCCGACGGAGACGCCGCGAUGAUACGUGCUAUGUAUCCGUUCUAG